AUGCGAGCCUCAAUUCUUGCCCUUGGGGCCUUGGGCGUCUCCUCUGCCAGUGCUUCAUUCCUUUACCCUGAUAUCGUUCCUAUUCACCGUCGUCAGGCACCCGGUACUCCCGAAUACAACUGUCAUGCCAAUUGCGGCGGUGUGAUCGUGGACGCCCGAACAGAUGGUUACUGCGAUACAGCGAACUUUACCACAGCACUUGAUGCCUGCCUGGAUUGCGCGCUCGAGUAUGACAUCUGGCAAUACUAUGGUGACAGUGUGUCAUCUGCCGCGGAGGCAUGCGGACUUGAAACCACGCCUCAUGCGGCCAGCUCAACCUCGGAGACGAGUGGCAGUGCCAUUCCCACUUCGACUCUGGGGGCUGAAUCAUCUUCCGUGAGCGCGGAGGCUAGCAUAGUUGCUUCUCCAAUUGAGGCGGCGACUACAACCGCGGUGGCAACUUCUACUGUGGAAGAGACAGGGAGUGCGACGGCAAGUCACACCAGUUCUGGUACCGCUGCUGUCGAGACGUUUCAGGGUGGCGGAAGCAGAGUUCUUCUACCGGGAAUGCUAGCCGUAAUCCUUCUCGGAGCUAUGGUUGCAGAACUGGCCUAG